AAAUAUUUUUGGCGAACCUUCAAUUAUAUAAAGAGGGCUUUAGGUUUCAUCACAAGCAAAAACGAUUACUACCAUCUUCGACUACUGCCAUAUUCACCGCUGCAGCGACGCCACCCUCUUGAUCCGCCAUUCUCCUACAAGGUGGCUCAUUACACUGAGCAUCUUCUUUUUUCUAACAAUGUGGUACUGGCAGUAUUUUAUCCCUGUGUUUUCAUGUUUGUAGUGUGAAAUGAAGAAGAUGAGAGCAAAAUCCGAAAUAGGGGAAAACUUGUUCCUAUAUCUACCAUCAGAAAUGAUAAUAGAUAUCCUUUCACGACUCGAUGUUCGUACUGCUAUGAGGGGCAAGUGUGUUUGUAAGCCCUGGCUCGAUCUGCUCACUACCCCCGAGUUCGUCAAGGCCCAUCUUUCUAAAUCCAUCUCACGCCUCAUUAUAACUGAGCGUGUUAUCCAUAUAACUGAUGAGGGUUACUGGAAUUAUAAUUCAGAGACACACAAAAUGGUGGAUGAGCUCAAUCUCAACUGUGAUUGGCAUAGUUUGAAUAAAGUCUUCAACUUGGACCUCCCUUUUCGCAUGGCAAUUCAAAGCUCAAUUAAUGGUUUGUUAUUGGAACACUCUGUCAAUCGUAUCCUCUGCAAUCCAAUCACUCGUGAAUAUAUCAAGCUUCCUUGUCCUAGACAGCCUUCCACUGCGCUUGCAUUGGAGUUUCAUGGAUUUGGAGUGAGCAGAGUGAGUGGCCAAUAUAAGGUGGUUAGGAUUUCCGCAGAAGGACCGCCACAGACACCUGUGCAUUUAUAUUCUGGUGAAGCUGAGUGCCAAGUGUACACUCUUGGAACUGGAUUGUGGAGAAGAAUCGGCCAAUGUGGCCACUGGAAACAUCUUGCGGACAAUUCAAACUCAAUGAAAAUGUCAUUCUUGUGCGGCUAUCUUCAUUGGUGGUGGAGAAGUACGGCCAUUUCAGCCCCUACAAAAAUUUAUCGCCUUGAUCUUGAAACAGAGUGUUUUAGUACCUUUUCCUGUCCUCGUGCUAUCAGUAACAAAGAAAGGCACCUAUCUAGUUUAAGGGGUUGUUUAUGUGUAUGCGACAAUUCGAAUCUGGGGAUUAUUAUAUGGGUGAUGAAGGAAUACGGAAAUGAGAAAUCUUGGUCAGUGGAGUUUAGCAUUCUCAAAGAUAAUACUCCUAUUUGGGAUGGUUUACAACAGCUUAACCCCAUUGAAGUUUUCAAAAAUGGUGAUAUGCUCUUAUCAUGGAGACAGGGUAGGCCGAUAUACUACUCCAGCACGACUAAAGCCAUUCAAGAAGUUGAUCUACAUGACUCGGAAGACGACAUGCGCUACCAGAUAAGCCUUUACACGCCGAGCCUUCUUUCUCUAAAGACUUUUGCUACCGAAAAUGUAAUUUCGUUUUGAUUUUGACUAUGGAUUUCUUAGAGAAAACCCACUUAUAUUAUGUAAUGAAAACCUAUGUAUUGAUGGAUAAUGGUGCAAGAGCAUUUUGAUUAUUAGUA